AUGUCGUCGGCUAGCGCAGCUGUGGAGACGACGGCCGCGGCGGAGAAAAAAAGGCCGCCGUACGAGAUUAGCAAGGGAAUCAACGGACUGGAGAAGAUUAUCCUCCGCGACAUCCGUGGUAACUCGGUCGAGAUCUAUCUUUAUGGGGCUCAAGUAACAUCAUGGAAGAAUGAACAUAGGGAGGAGCUGCUUUUUGUGAGCGGGAAGGCCAUUUUCAAACCUCCAAAGGCAAUCCGUGGAGGCAUACCUAUUUGUUUCCCACAGUUUGGGAGUCUUGGACCUCUCGAGGCUCAUGGAUUUGCUAGAAACAGGGUCUGGUCCAUUGACCCUUCUCCGCCUCCUUUUCCGACCACUUCCCCCAAUAAGACUUAUGUGGACUUAAUUCUGAAGCCUACUGAAGAGGAUAUGAAGAUCUGGCCUCAUAGCUUUGAGUUCCGACUCCGAGUAACUUUGGGACCUUCUGGAGAUCUGAUGUUGACUUCGCGUAUCAGAAACACUAACACUGAUGGAAAGCCUUUUAGUUUCACCUUUGCGUAUCAUACAUACUUUUCUGUUUCUGAUAUCAGUGAAGUGCGUGUUGAAGGAUUGGAGACUUUGGAUUAUCUUGAUAAUCUGCAGGGCAAGCAGCGGUUUACCGAACAAGGGGAUGCUAUCACUUUUGAAUCCGAAGUGGACAAGAUAUAUCUUAGCACACCUACAAAGAUAGCAAUUCUGGACCACGAAAAGAAACGAACAUUUGUCAUUCGUAAAGACGGUCUCCCUGAUGCUGUCUUGUGGAAUCCCUGGGAUAAGAAGUCGAAAGCACUGGCCGACUUUGGGGAUGAAGAGUAUAAACAUAUGUUAUGCAUCGAGGCAGCUGCUAUUGAAAAACCAAUCACUUUGAAGCCCGGUGAAGAGUGGAAAGGAAGGCAAGAACUUUCUGCAGUGCCUUCCAGUUAUUGCAGUGGGCAGCUCGAUCCCCAAAGGGUCCUCCAGGGCAGCUAA